UGAAACAAUCGGUACCAGUUGAUGUGAAGUCAAACGUCAAAGCAGAUAUAGAUGAAGCAGCUAUGAAGGAAGCUGCAAUGAAACAAUCGGGACCAGUUGAUGUGAAGUCAAAAGUCAAAACGGAUAAAGAUGAAGCAGCUAUGAAUGAAGCUGCAAUGAAACAAUUAGGACCAGUUGAUGUGAAGUCAAAAGUCAAAACCUUUCAGACAGAUAUAGAUGAAGCAGCAAAGAAAUCAAAGAACGAACCUGCAUUUAAACGAUCACGGACAGUAAGAGUGAAACCAAAAGCAAAAACCUGUCGUGAGAUAAAUAUAGAUGCAGCAGUAAAGAAAUCAAAGAACGAAGCUGCAACGAAACAACCAGGACGGGUUGAAGUGAGGACAAAAGUCACAACAGACAUAGAUGAUGUCGUUCCACGGGAAGAAGCAAGCUCAAGGCCAGGUUCAGCACUGUUAGCCGACAAGUGGGCCAUAAAAGUCAUCCGUCCAAAUCCUUUCCUUCGUGACGUAUCCUUGACCAAAAGCUGGUUGAAAUGUGCACCGCAAGAGGAGAAUGAAGAACUUCGUCUGCGUAAUGAAGAGCGUGCUCAAAAGUUUAGGGAACUUUUCUUCACACGAUACAUUGAUCAGAACUGCAAUGCAUUCAGAUACAAACCUUCCAAAUCAACUCUGGAUGUGAUUAACCAAAUGAGGAAUGCAAGAUCACCAAAACCAGCGAGAUCGUACGACAACAUCAAAGUUGAUAUGCAGGACAUCUUGCCAAAUUUUCCUACUGAAGUCAAGGAAGUCCUAGUCCCACAGUGUUCUGGAUCUGGAGAGGUAAAAAGUGUCACGCCUGAUGACCAAUAUGCAAGAACCAAGAAGCAAAAGAAAAAGGGGAUGAAGAGCAGAUUCUUCUGUUGUUUCGGAAAAUAGAAAUGUAAUGCAUUGAAAACAUCAAACAUCAACAGUAUACAAUUUUCCGAUGUAAUUUUGAAUAGGAAUCUUUUAAAUUGAUCUCGCACAAAAUCAAAUGUUAAUAUCGGUAUGGAAUGUCAUUCUGACAUUUGCAAUUUUCAUGAGGAGAACAUUUUUGUUGUUCUUGCAAUUCGUGACAAUAAUCAGUUUUUUCCCGUCUAUAUUUUUAGCAU